AUGGGCACCUCUUAUCUGUCCCAUUACAGUGUCUGUGUGGGCAUGGGCACCUCUUAUCUGUCCCAUUACAGUGUCUGUGUGGGCAUGGGCACCUCUUAUCUGUCCCAUUACGGUGUCUGUGUGGGCAUGGGCACCUCUUAUCUGUCCCAUUACAGUGUCUGUGUGGGCAUGGGCACCUCUUAUCUGUCCCAUUACGGUGUCUGUGUGGGCAUGGGCACCUCUUAUCUGUCCCAUUACAGAGUCUGUGUGGGCAUGGGCACCUCUUAUCUGUCCCAUUACAGUGUCUGUGUGGGCAUGGGCACCUCUUAUCUGUCCCAUUACGGUGUCUGUGUGGGCAUGGGCACCUCUUCUAUCUGUCCCAUUACAGUGUCUGUCGGGGCGGCCGGGGCGGCGGCGGCGGCCGGGCCGGCGGCUCGCUCGCGGGCCUGCGGACGAGCCUCGGCGGAUACACGCUCGCCCCGUAUGACUUUGACAAUGGUAGAGCAUCCAGCCCCAGAGGACAGUGUGACAGACAGUUUUGGCAGGUUCAUUCAGGGUGUCCAGCCCCACCAGCUGACCCCCACCCUGCUCCACCGCAGUAAGAGGAUGGUCCUGGACUCCAUCGGAGUGGGACUUCUGGGCAGCACCACACAUGUCUUCCAGUUGGCCCUGCAACACUGUCAGCACAUGUACGGUCCUGAUGACAUCAGCAGUGUAUAUGGACGCAGAGGAACCAGACUCUCCCCAACCCUGGCUGCCUUCGUCAACGGAGUGGCCGCCCACUCCAUGGACUUUGAUGACACCUGGCACCCUGCCACUCACCCGUCAGGGGCAGUCCUUCCUGCCCUGCUGGCGGUCAGCGAUAUGCUGCCCAGUAACAGCAAGCCUAGUGGGCGGGACUUCCUGCUUGCGUUCAAUGUGGGUAUAGAGGUCCAGGGACGACUGAUGAGAUUCUCCAACGAGGCUCAAAACAUCCCCAAGAGGUUCCACCCCCCUACUGUUGUGGGUACUCUGGGUAGUGCAGCAGCCUGCGCCCGCCUCCUCUCUCUGGAACGCUCCCAGUGUAGCCACGCCCUGGCCAUCGCUGCCAGCCUAUCAGGAGCCCCCAUGGCUAACGCCGCCACCCAGUCCAAACCCCUCCACAUCGGCAACGCGGCGCGGCUGGGGCUUGAGGCGGCUCUACUGGCCUCUAGAGGUCUGGAGGCCUCACCCAGGGUCCUGGACGACACCGCCGGGGUCGCAGGGUUCAGCGCCUUCUACGAGGACUACGCCCCACGACCUUUGGCCUCCCCAGAGGAAGAGGGGUUGCAGUUCCUCCUAGAGAACCAGGAUAUAGGGUUCAAGAGGUUCCCGGCCCACCUGGGGAUGCACUGGGUGGCCGACGCUGCUGCCGCCGUACACAAACUGCUGCUGGGGGAGCAGGGGUCAGGGGGGAGGGGUCAGGGGUCAUGGGUCGUAGGUCAGGUCCAGGACAUCCUGCUCAGGGUUCCCCGCUCCAAGUACAUUGAUCGUCCGUUCCCGGAGUCGGAGCAUGAGGCCAGACACUCCUUCCAGUUCAACGCCUGCUCUGCUCUGCUGGACGGAGAGGUCACCGUGGACUCAUUCUCCCAGGAAGCACUGCGGCGCCCCGACCUCUACUCCCUGCUGGGGCGUGUCCACGUUGAGCAUCCCCAUGACAACCCCGCUAACUUUGACCGCAUGUACGGCGAGGUGCAGGUGACGCUGGUGGGCGGGGACGUCCUGAAUGGACGCUGUGAUACCUUCUAUGGUCACUGGCGUAACCCGUUGACCAAUGACAGCUUGAGGAAGAAGUUCCGUAGCAACGCUGGGGCGGUCCUCCCCAGAGAGAAGGUGGAGGGUCUGAUAGAGGCUGUAGAGGGACUAGACAGACUGGAGGACUGUUCUCCUCUGCUGGAGCAGCUACAGUGACCACACACAGAGCUACAGGGACCACACAGAGAGCUACAGGGACCACACAGAGCUACAGGGACCACACACAGAGCUACGGGGACCACACACAGAGCUACAGGGACCACACAUAGAGCUACGGGGACCACACACAGAGCUACAGGGACCACACACUGAGCUACAGGGACCACACACAGAGCUACGGGGACCACACACAGAGCUACAGGGACCACACACAGAGCUACAGGGACCACACACAGAGCUACAGGGACCACACAGAGAGCUACAGGGACCACACACAGAGCUACAGGGACCACACACAGAGCUACAGGGACCCCACACAGAGCUACAGGGACCACACACAGAGCUACAGGGACCCCACACAGAGCUACAGGGACCACACACAGAGCUACAGGGACCACACACAGAGCUACAGGGACCACACACAGAGCUACAGGGACCACACACAGAGCUACAGAGACCACACACAGAGCUACAGGGACAACACACAGAGCUACAGGGACCACACACAGAGCUACAGGAACCACACACACCACAUCACAGAACUCCUGAAAUUAUUUAAAGACUCAACUCUAAAUGAAGUUAAAAUGAAGAAUCUCUUCCAAUGUGAGAGAAGAGACAAUUAAAGUAUUUAAAGACUCAAAGCUAAGUUAAAAUGAAGAAUCUCUUCCAAUGUGAGGGAGGAGGGAGAGUCUAUAGGUUAUAACUUUAGCUGUACAUUAGAUUAUCUUAACAAUCAAAGCUAAAUGAUUAAGUCCAGUAUCUUUUACUGUAUCCAUUUCUAUGACCCCAAUAGGGGUCCCUGUGUUUCCUUGACAACGUAUCUCUACAGUCCUGAGUGGAUGUUGACAAUAACAACAAUUCAUUUGAAGGAUGGACGUGUAUAUACAUAUUAAUUUAUUAUGACGUUUAUUUUCUAUUUUGUUAAACUGUCUUGUAUUCUAUCAAACAUGUAUA